AUGUCAUCCCAACCCGUCGACGAUGAGAAGCACUAUGCAAAAGACCCUGUGGUGGAUAGCCAGAAUAGCUACGAGGGAUCACACGAUGAGGAGGUCGGCGUUGUUACCAAGGGCCAGCCCCUUCAAAGGAACCUGCGCAGUCGGCACAUGCAGAUGAUUGCUAUUGGUGGUGCUAUUGGAGCUGGUCUCUUCGUCGGUUCCGGCGGUGCUCUGCGAUCAGGUGGUCCGGCCGCCUUGGUCAUCGGUUACAUGAUCGUCGGAAUUAUGUUGAUGUUCACAACCCAGGCCCUCGCCGAGAUGGCAGUCCUCUACCCCGUCAACGGCGCCUUCUACACUUACGUUUGCCGCUUCGUCGAUCCCUCCUGGGGUUUCGCCAUGGGCUGGGAUUACGCAAUCGCCUGGCUUACAGUCCUGCCCUUUGAACUUGUCGCAGCAAGCAUCACAAUCAAGUUCUGGCGCGAGGACAUCAAUAUGGGCGUCUGGGUAGCCGUCUUUCUUGUUGUCCUGGCUAUUAUUCAAGUCUUUGGCGUUCGUGGUUACGGUGAGGUCGAGUUCGUUUUGAGCAUCAUUAAGGUGGCGGCAUGCUGUGGGUUCAUUAUUUUUGGCAUUCUCGUUAAUACUGGGGCUGUUGGUGACCAAGGAUACAUUGGUGUGAAGUAUUGGCACGACCCGGGAGCUUUCCAGAACGGCUUCAACGGUUUCGCGGGUGUCUUCGUGGUCGCUGCCUUUGCCUUUGGCGGCACAGAGCUUGUUGGACUGGCGGCAGCCGAAUCAACGAACCCGCGCAAGGCGAUUCCCAUGGCUUCCAAGCAGGUGUUCUGGCGUAUUGCGUUCUUCUAUAUCGUCAACCUCUUCAUCUUGGGUCUCAUUGUCCCGGCCAACGACCCCCGCCUCCUGGGAUCUUCUGGCGCGAACACCAAGGCUUCUCCCUUUGUCCUCGCCAUCCAAGACGCUGGCGUCAAGAUCCUCCCUUCAAUCUUCAACGCCGUCAUCACCAUAGCCGUCAUCUCGGUCGCCAACUCUUGCACCUUUGGCUCCACCCGUACGAUGCAAGCCAUGGCCGAGCGAGGGAUGGCCCCUCGCUUCCUCGCCUACGUCGACAAGCAGGGCCGUCCCAUCUGGUGCGUCCUCAUCCAGAUCGCCUUCGGUCUUCUCGCCUUCAUCGGUGAGUCCGCCGACAGCAGCACCGUCUUCGCCUGGCUGCUUGCCCUCUCUGGCCUGUCGUACUUCUUCGUCUGGGGCUCCAUCUGCCUGUCACACAUCCGCAUGCGCAUGGCUUGGAAGCUGCAGGGCUACACCCUCGACCAGAUCCCCUACAAGGUGCCCUUCGGCAUUUGGGGUAGUGCCGCUGGUCUUUUCCUGAACAUCAUCUGCCUGAUCGCCACUUUCUAUAACGCUCUCUACCCGUCACCCGACGCCGUCCCGGACGCCGAGGCGUUCUUUACCGCUUAUCUGGCCGCUCCCAUCGUCCUCGCCUUGUAUCUUCUCUGGAAGGUAAUCUCUCGCGAUUGGCGCUUAUACGUACCGCUCCGCGAGAUCGACCUGAAGUCGGGCGUUCGUCUUCGAGAGCCUAGUGACGAGCCCAUGCCCGAGAAGACUUGGGCCAACCUCCCUAGACGGAUUGCCCGCUCCCUGUUCUAA